AAGACGCAUGCGUGCAGGGUUGCCUCACCAAAAAAGACUACAAACUCCAGAGACACUUGCGGCAUCUCGCGCAAAAGUCCGUAGUUGAAACUGGCAAAGGGGUUCAAACCGGAGGAAGUAAGACUCCACCGGGCGUGGUUGUUUGCGGUCCUUUCAUCUAUCACUUAGGGUCAGGGCUUGGGUCUUGCCCCGCAGACCCUCGGAAGACCCGGCCCCAGCGCAACUAUGAACUUGGAGCGGGUGUCCAACGAGGAGAAGUUGAACCUCUGCCGGAAGUACUACCUGGGUGGGUUUGCUUUCCUGCCUUUUCUCUGGCUGGUCAACAUUUUCUGGUUCUUCCGAGAGGCCUUCCUUGUCCCGGCAUACACAGAACAGAGCCAAAUCAAAGGCUAUGUCUGGCGCUCAGCUGUGGGCUUCCUCUUCUGGGUAAUUGUACUCACCACCUGGAUCACUAUCUUCCAGAUCUACCGGCCACGUUGGGGCGCCCUUGGGGACUACCUCUCCUUCACCAUACCCCUGGGUACCCCCUGAUAACAUCUUCUGCGCAGGUCUGAGGACCAGGAUGGGCUCCUCUCUACUCCAAGCCCACUCUCAAGCCCCUCUGACUUGUUCCUAUCUCCUGUGUUCUCUGCUGACAUCCCCCAAUAAAGGACCCUAAUUCUCA